UUCACAUUAGGAUUGAGAGAGCUUGCAAUCAGAGACGGGGUGUAACCAAACCCAACACAGGCAGGUAAGAGGAGCUGCACUCAGACAAGUACCCCAAAGGCAAAGGGAGUGCUCUGGUUACCUGGCACUGUGGGAGCAUAUGCGAGCAUUGUUUCUACUCUCUUCUUUUUAUGUGCAGCAGAAAGAGGUGAAGAGCAAAGCUCCAAAUGAGGUGCAGAGAAAGAGAAAGGCAGGAUUAUACACCUGGCAGGUUAGAGGUAGGCACGGAGGGAAGAGGAGAGGAUGGGAAGAAAAAUCAGCAGGGAGAGACUUAAAAUUACAAAGGAGAGCAUCGCUCACUGCUGGCUUGAGUUGUGAUAGACAGCUUAUGUUUUAGACGAAGCAGUCCUUCAGGUUUCUAGGGCCUCUAAGGAUGUUCUCCACCUUUGAUUAAACUUGCAUCUCACAAACUAGAAGUGUGGACGUCUAAGAAAGGUGAAGAAAAGUGUAAAGCUAUUUGAUGUGAUUCAUCCAAACAUAGUAUAGGCAAAGAAGCCAAAGGAGGAGGGGGGACAACACCCAAGAGAAGUCUAGACAAGGGGAACCAAGAGACUGAGCCUUCGGGGUAAAUAACAAGUCAUGCAAGAACAGGGGUGAAGCUGUUCAGCACGAGAGAAGGGCUUCUGAAGCAGAGCUAAGCAGUCCAGAGCAAAAUUAGUCCACAGAGUAAGAGGGGAUGACACUGCACAGAAGAGGCUGAUCAAGGCUGACUCCAGUCUGCUGCCUCUAACCUGAUUAGGGAACAGGAGCGGUGGUGGAGCAGAGUUUGGAGACCCGAUCAGCAGAAAGUGCAAGCCAGCAAGAAGAGAAGAAAAAGGAGAAAGAAUUACAAGAGGGAGCCUGACGAAAGAAGCCACUUAAAUAGGGGAGCUGGAAUUGGAGCCACAGGAACCGCAGAGGGAAAGCCACAAAGCCGCAGUGAAGAUGCCUGCUAAUGGAAACCAUCCCUUGAAGUUACAGUUUGGUCUAAUCAAUCAUGAGGGUCGCUACCUUACUGCAGAAAACUUUGGUUUUAAGCUGAAUGCAUCAGCUCCAAGUCUGAAGAAAAAACAGAUAUGGACUCUAGAGCAAGACUCCCAGGAGACCCAAGUUGUGUAUUUACGCAGUCACCUGGGACGUUACUUGGCUUCCGACAAGGAUGGCAAAGUCACCUGUGAGGCAGAUGGCCAUAAUUCAGACUGCCGCUUCCUCAUCGUACCGCAGUCAGACGGCCGCUGGGCCCUUCAGUCAGAGCAAUACCUCCGCUUCUUCGGUGGCUCUCGGGACUACCUGUCUUGCUUUGCUCAGAUAAUCACAGAUGCCGAGCUUUGGGCGAUGCACCUGGCUCUGCAUCCGCAAGCCAACCUGCUGUCUGUUGCCCGUAAGCGUUAUGCCCACCUCUCCACGGUGGAUGGAGAAAUCGCUGUGGACCGGAACAUUCCAUGGGGUGUAGAAGCACUCCUGACUCUUGUCUACCUGGACGGAAAGUACUGUUUAAAGACCUGCGACAGCCGCUUCCUCAGCAGCGAUGGGAAACUGCUGACAGAGAAUGGGAGGGCCACAGCAUACACACUGGAGCUAAAGUGUGGCAAUCUUGCAUUUAAAGACUGUGAGGGAAAGUAUUUGUCUCCUAUGGGGCCCACAGGGACCCUGAGGUCAGGACGAUGCUCCAAGCCAGGCAAAGACGAACUGUUUGACUUGGAGGAGAGCCACCCUCAAGUUGUUCUGAUAGCAGCUAAUGGCCGUUAUGUCUCCAACAGACAGGGAGUAAGCCUCGCUGCCAAUCAAGAAGAUGAAACUGACACGGAGACAUUCCAGAUGGAGUUCGACAGGGAAACCAAGAUGUGCACGUUCCGCACCAGCCAAGGCUACUACUGGGCUCUGGUGGCUCACGGAGGCAUCCAGAGUACAGCCACAGAAGUAUCUGCAAACACCAUGUUUUCAGUGGAAUGGCUCAGCCACAAGGUGGCAAUAAAAGCAAGCAAUGGCAAAUACAUCUGCACCAAGAAGAAUGGCCAGUUACUUGCAGUCUGUGACACCAUAGGAGAGGACGAGCAGCUCACUUUGAAACUGAUCAACCGGCCCAUGCUGAUCCUCAGAGGGAACAAUGGGUUCAUCUGCCACCACAGGAACUCCAACACGCUGGACGCUAGCAGAUCUGUCUAUGACAUCUUCACCCUGCAGUAUAGCAACGGAGCGUACCAUAUUAAAGGUGCCGAUGGGCGAUACUGGUAUGUAAGCAGUGCCGGGCUGGUGUGUUCGGAUGGCGAAUCUCCAGAGGACUUCACUUUGGAGCUCCUGGAGCGUGGCCGCCUUGCUAUCAGAGGCAAAAACGGCAAAUACUUACAUGGAGACCAGGGAGGCAUGCUCAAGGGAGAUGGACUGAGCCUUUGCAGCUCUGCUCUGUGGGAGUACUAAAUCCAACCAACAUGGAGCUCACAGAUGAGACCCAACUCUUCUAAAAGGUUGGGGUUUUCACCAAGAAAUCUCCAUGUCACCAUAAACAAGAACUAUCCUGAGACUCAGAUUUGAAGACAUGCAGGUGAAGAAAAUGGGAGAACUGACCAUGCAGUAUAAUCAACCAGCAGAUGUAUUUACAAGAUUUUGAUCUGUAGGCCCAGAAUUACUAUAAAUAGACAUUAGUUUAGUGUUAUCCUUUUAGAUAUUUGAUGCAAGCAUGAGUUAAUGUCUGAAACUACAGAAAUAAAGGCAUUUAUUCACAA